GUAAUGGCGGGGAAAUCUAACGUUCGUUCGCCAGCUAGGGUUUCUAUAUAAAGUUUCUGCGAGUCUAUUCAAACUAGAUAACGAAGGUAAACCCGAUCAUUUUCUUUCAUCAACUUUCUCGUAAUCCAAACAGGAAAAGAAAGGGAAAAUGCCUACUUACAAGUUACGGGGAAUCGAUGUUGAUUUUCCGUUCGAGGCGUACGAUUGCCAACUUGUUUACAUGGAGAAAGUUAUUGAAGCUCUCCAGAGGAGGUGUAAUGUACUUUUGGAGAGUCCUACUGGAACUGGGAAAACACUAUGUCUCCUAUGUGCCACAUUGGCCUGGAGGAAAAGUUUGGGUGGUUUUUCAACUGGAAUAGGAUCCUCACAAUGUGCCAGUAACCUUCCGGCCAUUGUUUAUACCUCGCGAACUCACAGCCAACUUCGUCAAGUUGUUCAAGAGUUGAGAAGAAGCAACUACAGGCCCAAGAUGGUAGUUUUGGGAUCUCGGGAGCAGUUGUGUGUACAUGAAGAAGUAAGUUUACUUAGAGGAAAAGCUCAGACAAAUGCCUGCCGUUCCCUUUGCAGAAAGGACCGGAAGCGCCGUUGCACUCAUUUUCCACGUGUUGCUGAUUAUAUGAAGAACAACCCUCAUAUUGGAGAUGAACCUAUUGACAUAGAGGAUUUGGUGAAUAUUGGAAGAAAAUAUAGGUGCCCUUAUUAUGUAUCACAAGAACUCCUCAGGGAUGUUGAUAUUUUAUUUGCACCUUACAACUAUCUUAUAGAUCGUGAUUAUAGAAAAUCUCUUAGUCUUGUGUGGCACAACAGCAUACUGAUUUUUGAUGAAGCUCACAACCUUGAGAGCAUCUGUGCUGAUGCAGCAUCUUUUGACUUGUCUUUUGGGCUUUUGACGCCUUCCACCUUCUGUCGCUUGUCGUCCGCCGUCCUCCGACCACCGUCCACCACCGCACUCCGACCUCCUUUUGACGCCGUUUUUCUCAAGGAUCUUCGUCUACCCACAGCGUUUCCUUAUUCCUGGUUCUUUUUGUUAGAUUCCUCUUCAAUCGGAGCAAAUCUUCUUGCCUUUCUCCGCCGUUCUUUUCCACCAGCAGUCUUCCGAGUUUCGUUUCAACCGUUCCACUGUGCUCGCCGGAAGCUCAUGAUAAAAACCCAAGUACUCUACUGUGAAUACCCACUGCUGGUCAACGGAAAUCUUCCUGAGAAAAACUUAUUUUUCCAGAUCGCCGUUGUUGGCUCUGGGUUUUCACGUUCGGAGUCAUUCAUCAUGCCGAGUGCUGGAAUCCUACCUUCUCUCAAUCUGAGACCUCCGGUCCAAGUUCCUCCACACUCUGCAGCCUCGCAUUCUCUGCCAUCUCACCCUUCUCAUCAUGAUGAGGUUCGUACUGUAUUCAUUAUGGGUCUGCCUGAAGAUGUCAAAGAGAGAGAGUUGCAGAAUUUUCUGAGAUGGCUUCCAGGUUUUGAAGAUUCACACUUGAGCUUCAAGGGAAAUAAGCCCAAGGGUUUCGCUCUCUUCUCAACUGUUAAAUUUGCAGUUGUUGCCAAGGAUGCCCUUCAGAAAAUGGUUUUUGAUGCUAAGUUGAAGUCCCUUUUGCACAUCGAGAUGGCAAGGAAGAAUCUUGUUGUUAAAAGAGGAGUAGUUACAGAUUCUGAUUUUGACAAGUACAAAGGUUUUCCUGUUCCUCCAGUACUGCCAUUGCCAAUUCCAGCUUCUGUAACAUCUCCUAGUAUUCAUGUGCCAGUUAAAGAGGUGUGUUGCGAUGAAAAAUCUGCAGUAAAUGAGAAGAUUCAUUGGGAGAGGUUUGGAUCUCUAUUUUGCUCUCAUGGUCGGGUACUUGAUGCUUUUAUUCCAAAUAAAAGGAAUUCAAAAGGAGUUCGCUUUGGUUUUAUUCGCUUCGCAUCUAUCGAAGAAGCAAGGAGAGCGAUCUCAAAAAUGAAUGGCUCUGGUAUCGACGGCAGUAAAAUUGGUGUUUCUUUCGCUAAAUUCAAACCUCGACAUUCCUAUUGGAGAAAGUCCACGAUAGGUGUUCUUCGCAAGUCCGGGAUGGAAGAUGAUUCGGAGAAGAAUCAUUAUAAAGUUGAAGCUUUGGUCCUUUUAGUUGAGGAUAUUGCACUUCUAGAAAACCUUUCAGUCACUUUGCUGGCAGCUUCAACUUAUUUUGUUUCUCUUCUUUUGAAACUUCAGAAGUGAAUUGCUGAAAUUCCCAUCGAAUCCAAGGAACUUGGAUUUACUAAGCCUGGGCCCUACAUUUAUGAACUACUUGCUGAUCUCAAUAUCACGCAUGAAACUGCUUCUACGCUUAUUGAUAUUAUUGAGGAUGCUACUCUGCUGCUUAAGGAAGAUAAAAAGCAUGAUGCUAAGGGAAGUGGAAGUGGGCUGGAAAGCAUUGGCUACAUUCUUAAAAGUAUAUUCAGAGACAAGGGCAACAGUCAUGCUGGUAGUUAUCGUGUUCAUGUUCAAGAGGCUGAGGUGAAUGCUUCAGAUAUCUUCAAAGGUAAGUUAUCCAGGACACUCGGCUGGUGGUGCUUCAAUCCAGGCAUUGCCAUGCAAACAUUCACUGAAAUGGGUGUUGGAUCUAUUAUAGUGACAUCGGGUACAUUAUCCCCCUUGGAUUCAUUUGCACAAGAAUUGAAAUUAGAUUUUCCUGUUCAGCUGGAAAAUCCUCAUGUAAUAUCCUCAAAUCAUAUAUGGGCUGGAGUUGUCUCAAUUGGUACUUCAGGUCGUCCCUUCAAUUCAUCUUUCCGGAAUCGUGAUUCUCCAGAAUACAAACAAGAACUCGAGAAUGCCAUUGUCAAUUUUGCUCGAAUUGUACCUGAUGGACUGCUUGUAUCCUUCCCAUCUUACUACCUUUUGGACCAGUGCAUUAGCUGUUGGAAGAACAUGGGUAACACAAAUUCAACUACAAUAUGGGAAAGAACAUGCAAAUUUAAGAAACCCAUUAUUGAACCCAGACAAUCAUCCCUUUUUCCUCUGGCAGUUGAGGACUACAUGACUAAACUAAAGGACACCUUUACUUCAGGUGAAGUAUUUUUUGCUGUUUGCCGUGGCAAGGUCAGUGAAGGAUUAGAUUUUGCUGACCAUGCUGGAAGGGCAGUGGUCAUCACUGGGAUGCCAUUUGCCACUAGGACAGACCCCAAGGUUCGUCUGAAACGUGAGUACUUGGACCUACAGGCACAAUCACCCAGGGAAUGAAGUAAGAUGCUUAAGGUGUUAACUGGAGAAGAGUGGUACAACCAACAAGCAUCAAGAGCUGUAAAUCAGUCAGUCGGACGAGUUAUCCGUCAUCGCCACGAUUAUGGAGCGAUUAUCUUUUGUGAUGAAAGGUUUGCUCAAUCAAGUCGUCAGUCUCAAAUAUCAGCUUGGAUACAACCUCAUAUUAAGUGUUACACCAAAUUUGGUGAUGCUGUUUUUACUCUGACUCGUUUCUUUCAAGAUGGAGGAACCCGUGUUCCUGCAAAACCAGAACGAGAACUAUCAGACCUCAAAAGCAUUGAUUUAAGUCCAUGUUCUACAGCAUCAGCUCCUGAUGAGGGGAUUAAGGAAUCUUCAUCAGGAAAAAGUGCUGAUAUAAAAGCUGCUCGGCCUCUAGAAAAAUCUUACCCAGGAAAAUUCCCUGAUAUGAGUUGCAUCUUAAUAACAAGUUUUUGCCAAUCUUCUCUUUUAGUAAAAAGCAGCAACAGCUCAAACCAUCUCAGAGAUAUUCUUCCUGCCAAUCUUUCAUGUUUCACUCCUUGUAUGGAUUUGAAAAGGUUGAAGCAAUCAAGUGAUCCAAGGACCAAAGAGAAAAAGUUAUUAAUUACUGGAAAAGGGAAAAUGCAAUAUCCGAAUCAUGAUAUUAUUGGUUUGACUGGUGAUCUUUCAUUGGAAAAACAACAAAGUAAAGAGAAACAACUAGUUCCAUGUUCUAUGAAGAAACGCAAGGUGUUACUUAUAGAGCAUGAUGAAUUGCAGCAUGAUAAAAGUUCCAGGUAUGCCCAAAGAUCAGGGCCAAGAGAUCUUCCUCCUACAGUAAGUACAACGAAACACAACAAUUAUUCUGGUGAUACAUAUAUUUUGAAUGGUAAUGUUCAUUUACUACAUAAGGAUGCUAGAGCUGCUGGUGUGGAUGCUAAGUUUCUCAAGCAUAAAAACAAUGAUCUUCACGCAAGUGCUGAACAACGUGGUGCUGAGGAAUCAAAAGGUACGGCUUUUCUGAUUCAGGUGAAAGAGAAAGUUAGUCCAUCAGAAUACUUACAGUUUGUGGGUUAUAUGAAGGAAAUGAAGUCCAAAGUGAUGAAGAUUGGUAAUCUUUUACAACGCAUUAUGGGAUUAUUUUCUGGACCUGAGAGACUUCCUCUUCUCGAAAGAUUCAUGGAUUUCGUGCCCACGAGAUAUCGUUAUUUGUAUGAGCAGUACCUCGAGACAAAAGAAAUGCCUGGCAAUCAGAAGAACUAAACUUAUCUUGUCGAAACAGUUACAUUAGGGACGCCAUUCGCCAACUUGAUGCUCGAUUAGGGAUCGAAGAGAAAGUUUAAGAGUUUGGCCCUGCAUUAUACUUUCUAGAUCAAUGAUCUUGCAGUAUCAGAAAGGAGAAGAAUCCUAUAAUCGCAAACUUCGCACCAACUAUUAGAAGCUUUUGGGUGCGUAACCGAGCAGCUAAGUUGCUCAUUCAUGUAUAGAUGAAAGUAACUUAUUCAACAUGAAGGUGAUGUUGCACAUUUGAGGCAAUCUUUCCUAACUAUUUGUUGGAGAUUUUGAAGGCUUGGACAUGCCGACAACUGACAUUUUUGUGUAAAUCGGAAACAA